ACCACUCGUUGCCCAACUCAGGCCAAAUCAAGCACAAAGGACACAGGAGCACGCGCACACAGAAAAGAGGAAGCAUGGAGAAGAAGGCACUGGCCUUAGCUCUCCUGGUGUCGGUCGCCCUCCUCCUGCGAGCGCCCCAGCCGGCAACCGCCCAGGUGUUCUGCCGGUCGCAGUUCAACCUGGCCAACGAGGCGUGCAGCAUGCGCAACUUCAUCCCGGGCGGCCCCGGGGUGCGGCGCGGGGUGCUGCCGCGGCUGCAGCAGCAGCUCAACGAGACCGCCGUCGUCGAGCAGCAGCUCAACGAGACUGCCGUCGUCGAGCAGCAGCACCGGAGCGACGACGACGAAGACAACAACGAGAGCGGCGGGAGCGGGAGAAGCCGGCGGUCGUCGCGGCACCGGCACCAGCACCAGCACCGGCACAGCGAGGAGGGGGGAGAGGAGGACCCCCGCGACACGGCGUGCUGCCGCCGCCUCAUGGGCCUCGACAACUCGUGCGUGUGCCAGGCCACCGCCCGGCUCCCGGCCUUCAUGAACUCCGUCAGGCACUCCAUCACGCUCACGCCCAUCGAUGGAUGCGAGAUUUCCUUCGACUGCCCCGGCCCGCUCUUCUAGUUCCAGCCGCCGCCUCGCCGGAUCAUCACCGCCGCCGUCUCCUCAUUGAUGGUCGUCAAUAACUUGUGAUUUAACUUGUAGUUAGUAACUAUGUUCACUAUCAUCAGGAUAUAGUAUGUGUGUUAAGUCACCAAACAUAUGUAUCAAGCAACUGUGAAUUCGAUCAUAAAGCCCAGAAUAAAGGAGAAGAUUUGCA